UUACUCCUUUUUAUGUUGUGAUUGUUUUAUCUUUGUGUUGUUGUCAGCAAUGUUGCAACAUCCCUGUGUCUUUGUCUGUAGAGCUUCCACAGCAGCAUGACCCUAAAGAGGAGGAGGUUCUCACUGAGCAGCAGCUCUGUAACCAGGAGAGGAACUCCAGUCUGGACCAAGAGGAACCAGAGUUACUACAGAUUAAAGUGGAGCAGGAGGAAAUCUGCACCAGUCAUGAGAGAGAGCAGCUUGAAGUGAAGCAGGAGGCUGAUACAUUAUUGUUGACUACUGUUAAAGAGGAAAGUGACCACAUGGAAUCAGAACCAGACAGUGACCACCGGCUCCUCUCUCACAGCUCUCCUGCAGCUCAGAGUCAGAAACCCUUUUCUUGCACAACAUGUGGAGGGUGUUUUAUUUCGCGUAAGGAAUUGAUAGUCCAUGGAAGAAUUCACUACGGUGAGAGGCCAUAUUCCUGUAAAACAUGUGGAAAGCGUUUUAUGCGAAGGCAUAAUUUAAUAAUCCAUGAAACAAUUCACUCUGCUGAGAAUCCAUAUUCCUGUAGAACAUGUGGAAGGAGUUUUUGUCGAAGUUCGGAUUUGAUAAGACAUGAAAGAAUCCACACAGAUGAGAGGUCAUAUUCCUGUAAAAUAUGUGGAAAGUGUUUUGUUCAUAGGUCAGCUGUGAUAGUCCAUGAAAGAAUUCACUCUGGUGAAAAGCCUUAUUCCUGUAAAACAUGUGGAAAGCGUUUUUCACGAAGGCCUAACUUGACAGUCCAUGAAAAAAUUCACUCUGGUGAGAGGCCAUAUUCCUGUAAAACAUGUGGAAAGCGUUUUCUGCGAAGGCCUCAUUUGACAGUCCAUGAAAGAAUUCACUCUGGUGAGAGGCCAUAUUCCUGUAAAACUUGUGGAAAGCGUUUUGUGCGAAGGCCUUAUUUAGUAACCCAUGAAAGAAUUCACUCUGGUGAGAAGCCCUAUUCCUGUAAAACAUGUGGAAAGGGUUUUAAUCAAAAGCGGAGUUUCGUAGAACAUGAAAGAACUCACACUGGAGUGAAGCCCUAUUCCUGUAAAACAUGUGGAAAGCGUUUUGUGCGAAGGCCUGAUUUGAUAGUCCAUGAAAGAAUUCACUCUGGUGAGAAGCCCUAUUCCUGUAAAACAUGUGGAAAGGGUUUUAAUCAAAAGCGGAGUUUGGUAGAACAUGAAAUAACUCACACUGGUGAGAAGCCAUAUUUCUGUGAAAUAUGUGGUAAGUGUUAUAGUCGAAAGAUGCGUUUGACAGUCCAUGAAAGAACUCACUCAGGCAAGAAGCCAUAAACCUGUACAACGCGUGGAAAGUGUUUCAGUCAAGGUUUGUCUUUGGUAGAACAUACAAAAAAACUCAUGUAGGUGAGAAGCCAUGUUUCUGUAAACCAUGGAAAGUGCUUUAUUUGAAAGGAGAAUUUGACAAUCCACAUAACACCACACAGGAAUGAAGCCUUUCUCCCGUGAAACAUGUGGAAAGGAUUCUUGAUAUAAGUUCAGUUUGAUAGAACAUGAAAGAAUUCAUGCAGUUCAACCAUCUUAAGUUUUUUACAUUCCAGCAUUAUUUCCUCCCCCUUGGCCUCUUUUCCGUGAAAAUAAUUUACACCUCCAUGGUUACCCAGGUGGCACCCGGGUUUAUUUUUCCAGUAAACCCUACUCAACCCUCCCACCCUGUUCCCUCUCCAAUUUCCUGGUGCCCAUAUAAUCAAUAAAACCCCCUCUGUGAAAUAAGAUUUUUUUGGGGGCUUUUUAUGGCCUUUAGGAAGGUUUUACAAAUGUGAAACUCUGUGAAUUUAAAAUAUAGAA